AUGGCUCUUGAUAAACCGCAAGUGAUCAAAUUAUACGUACACCGGGUUGUGAAAUCGUUGAUUCCAGCUGAGCUUGGUGAAGAGUACAUUCAAAGUAUUGCCAAUGAGUUAUAUACAUCAUUAAUCAAUACCCGGCCACUCCAUGAUGAUAUAUCCAACAUUAUUAAUAAAUACAAGCAGGUCUUUCUCAGCAGUGACUUGAAACAAGACUGGAUUGAAUUUCAAACCCUCAUAAAUUCUCUUAGUCAACAUCGAUCGCUUGAUCAAAUUGCCAAUUACUUGACAUUUUUUGAUGCCUUACGAAAUAGUCAAACUGAUACUCAUUUGAAUGACACCCACAAGCGAGAUACUUCUAUUGAAUCACCACGGAUAAACACAAAUGAUAAAACUCUAGCGCAAUUAAUCCAACCUUACUACAAAACCUUACCCGAGGAAACGAUAUUAACCUAUUUGCCUUAUACGCUAAUGGGUCUAGAUUCAAAGCUAUUCACCUUUUCAAACGAUUAUAAACGGAUUGGGAUACCGCAGUCAAUCAACAACAGCUAUAGCUCAUUUUUGAAAAACUUGUUCGAAUACGCUUUGUUGUACAAGCAAUUGGAUCUUUUUGUUGAAAAAAACAGAGGCAAACUACCACUGGCCAUAAAGGGGGCAUUUGUUGCUCUGUUGGAUACUGAAUUAAAACAUUAUAGUCAAGAUUUGAAUCGGGUGUUUAGCAAACAACCACCUAGUAUAUUGGCAGUUUAUCAUGCACUUUAUGAAUGGAUAUUCACAUUACGAUUCUUGUAUCGUGUUUCAUUACAAAUUGAAAAAUUAGAUGGAUAUCAUUUUCUUAAACAUGUUUAUACGUUUACAAAAUAUGGUGAUAGGCAUGUGUCGAGUAUUGCUGAAAGGACAUUUAAUGAAAUUGUGAAACCGUAUUAUAAUAUUCUCGAAUUUUGGAUGAUAAAAGGGGAGCUAGUUGAUGGGAAUGACGAGUUUUUCAUAUCGUUUAAUAAAGAUGGUGAAAAUUUCAACCAGAUCAUCAAGUAUCAUAGUGAUAAAGUACCGGAGUUUAUAGAAUCAGGUGACAAGAUUUUCCAGAUUGGAAAAACGCUAAUCUUUCUUGAAAAGUAUUGUCAAGAGUUGAAGUUUGUCGAUGAUUUUAAUGUGAAAUAUUCCACUAUUAUCUUUACCAAUCACAACGGGCUAGCUUCAAUGACAGUCAAUGAGACCAUUGUUGUGAUAAACCAACAGUACGAUGAAGUACUUACUUUUUUCACUAAAUUGGUUCAUCAUAAGUAUCACUUGUUUUCUCAUUUACUAAAUUUCAAAAAUUAUUACUUGAUGGAGAUUAACGAGUUCAUCGAGUCAAUAGUAACCAAGGGAGAAUCUGCAUUCAAUCUACCUUCGUUGGAUAUAACUUCAAGUCAACUACACCAAGUGCUACAUGACGCAAUUCAGAUAUCAUCCGUAAAGACGCGUCAAAAUGUUGAUCGUGUUGAUUCCAAGAUCUUCAACCCACAAUUGGAAACGUUUGGUUGGGAUUCAUUCUUGAUUGAUUACAAGAUUUCUGAUUUGCCAAUAUUUGAUAUUUUGGAAUCGUCAAUGAUAAAGUACCUCAAAACAUUUCAUUUCUUUUGGAAAUUGCGUCAUUUACAAAUGCUUUUACGAUCCAAUUACUUGGCUUUUGACCAAUUGAAUUUGAAACUCGAACCUCGGGUGAGGGGGAACUACAGAAGAUUAAUUGGCAAUAUCAAUGGAGUGAAUAUAAUGAGACACCAUUUAGUUAAAUUCUUGGACGACUUGGUGGCUUAUUUAUCAUACGAUGUGGUGGAAUCUUCAUUUAACAGGAAUAUCGUAGACAAAUUUUUCCAUAAUAAUGAUAACGAAUUGGUGUUGGACGAACUGUUUAUGGAAUUUCCUGAAAAAGACACUGAUUCAUCGCUCAAAGUGAAUAAACUAUCCAUUGAUGAGCUCAUUUCCGUGCAUGAUACAUAUCUUGAUGAUAUUGUGUAUACAAAGAUAUUUAAUGGGUCUGCAAAAGGAGCUAAAACCAAUAUCAGUUUCAUUGAUCAAAUAUAUGAAAUUUUGCAAUCAAUUUUCAGGUUUAUAAACACUAGUCAGGAAUACUUGUCUGUGGUGGAAAUGUUUUUGAUUCUUAUCAAUAGUCGUGAUUCUAUAGAGGGGGCAGAUCAAGAGGAGGAAUAUCAGUUGGAGAGGGAUAUUGAUGAAGUAUCAAAUCGAAUGGCUAAAUUGUGGAAGAAGGUUAAGGUUGAAAUAUUCAAUGGUGAAUAUCAAUCAUUACUUGAUGGCUUCAAAGAAGAUUUGAAGCUGGAUAAUGAUUUGAAAGAGUUGGGAAAGUGUCUAUGA